GUGAAUUAAGAAAAAUGGGUCCAAUCCCCAGUAAGAGUUGAGGAGUGUGAGGUGGUUGGCUGUCCAAAGAGAUGAAAGCAGCUGGUGCAACACAGCAAAAUCAAAACAAAGCUGUCCCGUUCAUUCUUGGCUUUCUCCGCAGGAUUAGUAACCAAUAAAGUGCAAAACCCCCCUCGUACCCUCGCUUCCGACCCCCAACCAGUUAUUAUUUUCUCUUUUUAGAAGGAAAAAAAAUGGAUUUCUCCAAGAAUUAUCUUUUAUUUCUGGAGAACUUUUGCUGAUUCUUUAUUUGGUUCGAUGAAUCCCAUGUUGUCUGCUCGUUUUCCCCCUUCUCAGACCACCAAUUUUAACGCCAAGAAAGAAUUAAUUGGGGCAGAUUUUUCUUAGUGGAUCAGUGAAUUUUCGUUCCCUUCUUCUUCCCAGUCCUGAAAGUGGAUAAAUGGCUCUUCAUUGUGCUGCUUUCAGCUUCAACUCUGUUUCUUUGAGUCCUCAAGCUUCUGGGCCGUCCCUCCGGUUCUUGAGCCCAUCUUCUUUUCUCUGGAAAAAGAGUGUCAAAGCAUCAGUUUUUUCUUCAUUGUCUCCAGCAAGAUUCAGGCUUCAAGGGAAAGCAUUAGAAAGUGGUAAUGGACCAUUGAAAUCGGAUGAAUCCCCUCUCGUCGUUUGCUUUGGCGAAAUGCUUAUUGAUUUUGUACCAACGACAAGUGGACUCUCUUUGGCUGAAGCACCGGCGUUUAAGAAAGCUCCUGGUGGUGCACCAGCUAAUGUUGCAGUUGGCAUUGCCCGUCUUGGUGGUUCAUCGGCUUUCAUAGGCAAGGUUGGUGAAGACGAAUUUGGUUACAUGCUUGCUGAUAUUCUAAGGGAGAACAACGUAAAUAAUAAAGGAAUGAGGUUUGAUCCUGGUGCUCGAACUGCUUUAGCAUUUGUAACUCUCAGAAAGGAUGGAGAACGCGAAUUCAUGUUUUAUCGCAAUCCCAGUGCUGAUAUGUUACUCCAGGAGUCCGAACUUGACCUGGAUUUGAUUAAGAAGGCCAAAAUAUUCCACUAUGGUUCGAUUAGCUUGAUUACAGAACCUUGUAAAUCGGCCCACAUUGCUGCCGCGAAAGCUGCGAAGGAUGCCGGUGUGAUCUUGUCAUAUGACCCCAAUUUGAGACUUCCUUUGUGGCCGUCUGCAGAAAGUGCUAGAGAAGGCAUCCUUAGCAUUUGGGAUACCGCUGAUAUAAUUAAGAUCAGCGAGGAGGAAAUAUGCUUUUUAACACAAGGAGAAGACCCAUAUGACGAUAACGUUGUUCGCAAAUUGUACCAUCAAAAUCUGAAAUUACUCCUUGUGACCGAAGGUCCUGACGGUUGCAGAUAUUACACCAAGGAGUUUAGUGGAAGAGUGAAGGGUCUGAAGGUGGAACCUGUAGAUACCACAGGUGCCGGCGAUGCUUUUGUAGCCGGAAUCCUAUCACAGCUAGCUUCUGACACCUCAUUGCUACAGGACGAAGGUCGGCUGAGAGAUGCUCUGAGAUUUGCUAAUGCUUGUGGUGCCUUGACUGUGACGGAGAGAGGCGCUAUUCCAGCUUUGCCGACUCGAGAAACUGUACACAGUGCCCUGCUCAAGUCAGUAGCAUAGAUUUUCUUCUCUAAAACAUCAUAUCUAGCUGAUGUAUGACCAAAUCCAAAACCUCCCAUUUUUUUUCCAUCAAGAGCCGGUAAUGUGCAUAGGUGCACAAUUUACAAAACUUGUUCUAUUGUCUCAUCCAGUCUAGACUCUGGACCAUCCCGAUUUUCGGUCUGCAAUGUACUUGGGGACUUAGACACUCGAUCACAUAAAGAGGUGAUGCCUCUCCAGUCGAGUUCCAUUGUCAUAUCUUCAAGUUGCAAGUAUAUAAAUUGCAAGCGUGUUAUGUUUGCAUAAUUGCAUAUCA